AAAAGGCGCGGGUGGGAGGGCAACCUUUCUCCCCCUGCAGGCAGGCAUGCUACUUGUAGUCGAUACUGGCACCUUUCUUUAAUGACCGCUCUUUCCUGCCAAAAUCAAGUAUUGGCAUUGAAUCUCGGAGCAAGGAUGGUUUCCUUUGUAUGGCAAAGACUGCGCAUCGCUAGCAUUUAGAAGUAUCUCACCUCUCCCCUUCUUGUUUUUUACUAGUUUCUGAGCUCCCUGGAGAGAGAGAAUGGGGAAGAAUACAGUCAUGAGCCUGCGGAUGAUACAGUGUGGGCGGCAGACGGUGGAUGUGAUCCAGCCCAAUGGGCAGGUAAGGCAGAUGAUGUUGCCCCUCAAGGUGUCGGAUCUGCUAAUGCUCUACCCUCACCACUUCGUCGCCCAUGCCGGCACCACCAAGCGUGGUUCCAUGCUCCCGUUGGAGACCCAGCUGGAAACAGGCAACAGCUACGUGCUCCUUCCCCUCCCUCGAAUCUUCCCCUCUUCCUCCUCCUCCUCGCUCUCUCCCUUGGACGCCGCCCCGCCCCCACCGUGCUCCUGCUUCUUGCAGAUGCAGCAGCAAGGGAGCAGCAUUACUAGCAGGAUGAUGUCGUCGAUGAUCAUGAUCAUGGGUGGUUCCGACCCCGCAGAUUUGAGCGCAGAUGGGACAUCCAAGCCGAAGCUGAAGCAGCGGAUUAAGGCCGCACUGACUUCUUUGCAGCAGCCGUCCUCUUCCAAGAUCUCUCCUGACGAGAGCUCCUGUUCCUCUUCCUCCUCCUCCUCCUCCUCACUGUUUGGUGGCCGAGACAAGGUCGCGUGCCAUCCCAGAAGGCUGUGGGAGCCAGCGCUGGACGUGAUAAUGGAGGACAAAGUGCUGAUGCGUACCAAGGAAGAGGAAGCCCAGGCCAUCCGCUCGAAAAAGGAAAAGAAAAAGGCGCCCUUAAGACCGGAACAACCGUCGGAGUCCUCCAUCGUCUGUAGAGAAGGUAGGAUGUUCGGAUGAAGAGUUAGGAGAAGGAUUGAUUGAACUAUUUAUGUAUCUUUUUGCGGUUUUCUUUCUCUAUCUCUCCUCUUCUUCUUUUUCCUUCGGUUCCCUCUUCGUGUUCCUCCGCCAUUUUCUCUUCUUUCCACUGUUACGGCACUGAGCCGGAGACGGUGCCGGAGGUGGAGGAGAAGCCGCAGUCGGUUGCUGAUGGACCGUACGGUUUGCCGCUGUUCUAAGCGAAGCAGAGAGGAGGGCGGUGCGUGGUGGGACCCUGCCCAACUGGGCGUCACAUGCACCUCGUCCUCUAUUCUCUGCCCAUGCCGGGACACGUUACUCGUCCAUCAUGCCGUCCCUCCCUACCCGUACCCUGAGUCUGAGCAAUGAACAUGUUUGCAUAUGCACACUGUCUUUUCUUUAUAAAGCUGCAGCCUCUAAUCUAAUAAUUUUGCUCCCA